GUCUAUUAUUAAUCAAUUUAUUGUGCAAACUUUUAGCAUGCUUCGUAGUGGUAGAACCUGAACUCUGAAUUGGAGUUGCCGAGCUCGGUGUCUGCUUUCACUGCAUAAAGAAAUUAACUCCAAUUUGUAUGAUUCGUUAUGAUAUUUUUUACAAGUUAAUAUGUGUUUUUAUUUGGUUCCUAUGUUAAUCUGUUUACAGAUAUUAUUUUUAUAUAAAAAGAAGAAGAAAAGAGUACUGACAUAAAAAGUGCAAUAUUUAUCAUUCUAUUGCAAGUUUUAGCCCCUUAAAUUGAAAUCAACUCAUAUAGCAUCCUUUUAAUUAUUCAUAGUGAUUCAUACAACCAAAUUCAAUUUCCCGCCAUCAAACUGUAGCAUCUGAAAUCCAUGAAUUCAAAAUAGCUCUAAUAUCUGUGUCAGUGUCGUCCAUUCCUGAGCCAACAUUCAGCAUGAAAUAAAGAGCUAGAAAUACUACUUGGAGAAAAUGAUCACUCUCCAGAAGUUGAACUUUAGGAUGACAGCUUUCCCUUAUUCUUUGCUUCGGUUGUUUGCUGUCAAUGGUGAUUAUAUAGUUUUCAGACACACAAGUCAGUCUGAUUGGAGUAGUAAGAAUGUCAAUCGGUCAGUGGGCUUUUUUUGGGGCAACAUAGAGAUUCAGGGUGGAGUCGACCGCACUGUGUUUGCUCAGACUGCUCUAUUUUCUACCAUUGCUGGGACAAUCCUUGUCCAGGCUCAAGACCUUGGUAAAAUGUCUGAAGAGUUAGAAAAUGAUAUUGAUGAAAAUAAACUUGAUGAUGCAUGGGCUGUGUAUGAGAGGCACAUGCAAAUGGAAGGGUUUCCUAGAAAAUCAAUUGUUAAUAAACUUCUAGCAGCCAGUGCUGAAAGCUCAGAUCUUGGACAGCUGGACAGGGCUUAUGGCUUGGUUGAACAAGCAUUUGAGAAGAACAAGCAUGACUUGCUUGAGAGGAAUACUCUUAUAUAUCUCUCUUUAGCUUUUGCCAAAUGUGGAUCACCUAUUCCCGCAUCUACUCUUUUAAGGAAGCUUGUGGAAACAGAGAAGUAUCCACCUGUGAGUGCUUGGUCUGCAAUCCUGGCUUAUAUGUCACAGACCUCUACUGGAUCCUACCUUGCUGUUGAAUUGGUCCUUGAAAUAGGUUACUUAUUCCAGGACGGAAGAGUUGAUCCCCGUAAAAAGAGCAACGAAUUUCUGCUUUUCAUGAAGCCUAAUGCCACUUGUUUCAACAUUGCUUUAGCUGGAUGUCUUCUGUUUGGAACCACUAGAAAAGCAGAGCAGCUUCUCGACAUGAUGCCUCGAAUCAACUUGAAAGCUGAUGCUACUUUACUAAUCAUAAUGGCUCAUAUUUAUGAGAAGAACGGACGAAAGGAGGAGCUCAAGAAGCUUAAGAGAGACAUGGAAGAGGCCCCUAAUGUGACGGAGAUGCAGUUUCGUCAGUUCUAUAAUUGUUUGCUUUCAUGCUUUCUGAAGUUUGGAGAUCUUGAAUCUACAUCCCACAUGGUUCUAGAAAUGCUUCGCAAGGCAGUGAAAGCUAAAAAUUCUCUUGGUAUAGCUAGUUUGCUUCUUGAGGUUUCUAGAAGUAGCGAUACAUUGUGUUCAAAUGUUCUUCCUGAGGAUGCCCAUCAUCGAAAGCCAGAUGAAUCAGAAAGUUUAGUAUCAUAUGAAGAUCUCUGUAGGGACAGAAAGUUUUCAAAACUGCAGACCAUUGCUAAAAACUUACUUGAUGUCUUGGUAAUUAAGUUGCAGAAGCAAAUUGAAUUUAUUACAACUGAACAUGGUAUUCUCCAGCCUACUGAGAAAUUAUAUGUUAAAUUGGUAAAGGCUUUCUUAGAAGCUGGGAGAACAAAAGAUCUUGCAGAAUUUCUAAUUAAGGCAGAGAAAGAAGAUUCUCCAGUUUCAGUUGAUGAUUCUGCCUUGGUUCAUGUGAUAAACUCUUGUAUUUCACUUGGAUGGUUAGAUCAGGCACAUGACCUUCUGGAUGAAAUGCGAUUGGCUGGUGUUAGAACUGGUUCUUCUGUUUAUGCAUCUCUUUUGAAAGCAUACUGUAAAGAGAGUCGAGCGGGGGAAGUUGCAUCACUGCUUAGAGAUGCUCGUAAAGCUGGGAUUCAGAUAGAUGCAAGCUGUUAUGAAGUAUUGAUCCAGUCCAGGGUGAUACAGAAGGACUCUCAAGGGGCCCUUGACCUGUUCAAGGAGAUGAAAGAGGCUAAGAUACCAAGAGCUGGUCAUCAAGAAUUUGAGAAAUUGGUGAAAGGGUCUUCAGAAGGAGGUGAAGCUAGUUUAAUGGUGACGCUUUUGCAUGAAAUCAAGGAAGGGCAAAAAGUAGAUUAUGGAGUUCAUGACUGGAAUAAUGUAAUUCACUUCUUCUGCAAAAAGAGGUUGAUGAAAGAUGCCGAAAAGGCUUUUAAGAAGAUGAGGAGUUUGGGCCAUUCUCCAAAUGCACAAACUUUUCAUUCCCUGGUCACAGGUUAUGCUGCCAUUGGUGGAAAAUAUGUCGAGGUGACGGAAAUAUGGGGUGAAAUGAAGUCUCUUGCUUUUUCUAGUGGAAUGAAGUUUGAUCAGGAACUGUUAGAUGCUGUGCUUUAUACAUUUGUUAGAGGUGGUUUUUUUGUUCGAGCAAUUGAAGUCGUAGAGAUGAUGGAGAAAGGUAAUAUGUUUAUUGACAAGUAUAAAUAUCGCACCCUCUUCUUAAAAUACCACAAAACACUCUACAAGGGGAAGGCUCCAAAAUUCCAGUCAGAAUCUCAGAUGAAAAAGAGAGAGGCAGCAUUGAACUUUAAGAGAUGGGCUGGGUUAUGCUGAAGAUUCAUAGUCUAUAGCCUCAAGUAUAUUACCCUUCAAUACUGGAACUUGUUGCUCUGGUUGUUCCUAAAUGGGUCGACAGUGAAAUGAAUGGAUCUCCAUGUUGAUCCAAAUGUUUUCGACCCAUCACUUGAUGCUAGCAGAUCAAGACAUUUCCAUGGAUUUCAUUCUUAUUAAUUUCUGAUCAUUCAGUUCCUUAUCAUCAUAAAUGCCUUGCAAAAUAAGUCAUAUUGAUGAGAUGCAUCAUACUUUCUCUGUGCGUGCUUUUAAGGAAACAUAUAAUGGCUGAUUUUUUUGAAGGUCAGUCUCCAUUGCUUAUAAUACUGCGCUGUCCUCAACAUAGUAUCCGUUAUGAGUAAAGUUGUGCCUGAAGAUCAUCCAUUUAUUUGUGCUCUGGAAUGAUUUUGAGAGGUUCAGGGUGAAGCAUUUAUUUUGCUUUACAAUAAGAAAUUCAUCCAUUUAAUGUAUGGAGGCAUUAAUCUUCUAUUGAAUGGCUUAACACCUUAGGUGCCUGCAUUAUUCAACAUCCAAAAGAAGGUUUUAGUUUCUACUAAAGCGGUGUAUAUAAUUGCACCGUGACAGACCUGCUACUCAUCAUGAUUCCUUUAAGGGAACCUUCAACAUAUACGCAAAAUUGCUGAAAUGAAGUAUUUCGGUGAGAUAAUUUUGCAAGCACAAAUUUUCUUUUUGAUAAAGGUAAAGUUGUAUUCCUCAGCAAUGAGGGUAUGCUGGCAACCACCAAAAAGAUUUACAUCACUGACCCAAAAAAACCAACUCAAGAGAGCUGCUACUAAACUUGUAAAGAAGAAAAAAAAAAUUAAAAUCUGUCCAGCAUCCUCUAUACCCUCCUCUUUACACCAUAAAAAGAAAGUUUUCAUAGAACGCCAUUUGAUCUUUUGCACUGAUUCUGCAGUAUUUUCUAGACACCUCUUGUUUCUUUCUCUCCAAAUAGUCCACCAUAUACAGGAGGGUAUCAUGUUCCACCAUUUCUUCUGGCUCUUACUCCCCCCACCCAGCAACUAAGAAGGUCUGCAGUGUACUGACAGCUUAUUUCUUCAGGGGUCUAUGGGGCUGAGUCGUUUCUUUGCCAUUCCUUAAGUCGAGGAGAUAUCGUUGCAAAAAAUGGAAGAAAGAGCUGCUUGGCUAAGAUAACUCACUGAAUCAUGAGGGUUUCCUGCAAUAUGCCAAGUAGAUUUCUCACUGGACUUGAGCACUCUUGGCCUUGUUCGUCGGUAAGUCAGUUCGAAACAUGAUGGCAUUGAGAAGAUAUUGUGAGACGAAGUGGUUAAACAUCAAACUGGAAUUUGAUUUCUCCUAAUUGAUGUGUAAUAUGUGUGCACUAUUCUAGCUUAGAUGGAUUCUGUAGUCUAGUUAAACUUUUCCUCCCACACAUGUUAUGUAAGAAUAAGUUUGCUAUUUACUUGUUGAUUUUUUUGUUUUGUACUAUGAAGGUGAUGGAUUUUUGUGAUGUAU